UUUCUUCUGGCGCUUUGUCUUCAACAUCAAUCAAUUCGCCCAACACCUCUCCCGAAGUCGACCUCACCCUCCGCCAGCAUGCCACCCAAAGGAAAGAAACCCGCCGCCGCGCCCUUCCCUCAGGGAAAAGCCGGAUCGAGCAAGAAGGCCGCAAAGAACCCCCUUCUCGAGAAGAGACCUCGCAACUAUGGCAUCGGUCAAGACAUCCAGCCCUCGCGCAACCUGUCCCGCAUGGUGAAGUGGCCUGAGUAUGUCCGUCUUCAGCGCCAGAAGAAGAUCCUCAACCUGCGAUUGAAGGUCCCCCCUGCGAUUGCUCAGUUCCAACACACUCUGGAUCGCAACACCGCCGCCCAGGCCUUCAAGCUGCUCAACAAGUACCGACCUGAGACCAAGGCUCAGAAGAAGGAGCGUCUCCUCGCCGAGGCCACCGCCGUCGAGCAGGGAAAGAAGAAGGAAGAUGCCAGCAAGAAGCCAUACACUGCCAAGUAUGGUCUGAACCACGUUGUUGGCCUGAUUGAGAACAAGAAGGCCGCCCUUGUCCUGAUCCCCAACGAUGUCGACCCCAUCGAACUGGUUGUGUUCCUGCCCGCUUUGUGCCGCAAGAUGGGCGUGCCAUAUGCCAUCAUCAAGGGCAAGGCCCGCUUGGGUACGGUUGUGCACAAGAAGACCGCCGCUGUCGUCGCCCUGACUGAGGUCAAGUCCGAGGACAAGUCUGAAUUGAGCAAGCUGGUCUCGGCCAUCAACGAGGGAUACCUGCCCAAGACCGAGGAGCACCGACGUCACUGGGGUGGUGGUAUUAUGGGAGCCAAGGCUGUGGCUCGACAGGAGAAGAAGAGAAAGGCUAUUGAGCAGGCCAUCAAGAUCUAAAUGGACUGACUCUCUCCACCCUGGGUCCACUUCCCACGGAUUCGGACCUAUGGGACCUCCAUCACCGACCUAUCCUCUCAACCCUGCCCGACUGGUUCAUCUUGUUGCCAUCGUGAUGCCCUCAUACUCCCUCACUAUCUCAAACACGCCAUACGCCACCUCCCAAUCAAUGCACGGGCUUUCAAGACCUCGACGUGAGGUAGCCACCUGCUCGCUGCACCACUUGCAUGAAACCAAUUCUUGCUUGCGCUCCGCAUGAUUAGCAUGACACGAGUGUGCGUCAUGGGAAGCAGCAUCUGACGAAUCGGGAUUCUGCAAAGCAUGAUACGCCAUAAUCAAAAGUCCAUAGGGCGGAAUUGUUGAACUCGAUGCCGUGGCUGCACGGACAAUUCCUCGAAUGAUGAAGUGAUUGCAUUGUCAUUGACGAUCACAUUUUAGCUUGACUUUGUAGGUUGCUGUGCGGUUGGUUCUGAUACCGCUGCUCCUCAUUAGAAUCCUUGGUCGUCACCAUAAAAAUGAAGAAAACAAUCAGAAUAUUGAAUGCAUAAGUUUGAUGAACACUUGGUGCAUUU